UCCGCGAGUGUCACGUUUCCUCAUUUUUACUGUUUAACGCUGCAGAGUUCUUUCGACAACUGCAUCUCGUGCAUUGUAAUUGUGAAACAUUGCCGCAACCUUCCCGAGGAUUGUCUUUGUUAUCUCACGCUCGGUGCUUACCUCGUGUGAGAUUUGCGUGUCAAUAAAGUGUAUAGCGUAAAAGUAAAAGGUCAUUUAAAAAAGGAGUAAUAUGACGUUUUACGAGCAGAACUGCUUUCGAUAUCGACUGACGUGCCUGAUACCAUAUUAGCAAGCUCGUCAAUCUGGCCACGCCUUCCAAUAUUUCUCGACUGUGACAUAUAAAAUGAGAAACCGAGAUUAUUUAUGAAAAAAUCAAGUAAAGUAGGUUCAAGGGCGAGAUCAUUAAAGAUCAAGGACAAUUAAAAAUAAGGAAUUACCGCGACAGCUACUGAGACGCUACAUCUUGAGUUCCUUCGUCACGUAGAGCUGCGGCACGCAUUUCCGAAUAAUCUGUCCGUACAUCGCGCACGAUAGAAGAAAGGUAAUGAACGAUAAUAAAGUUCCUAGGAGGAACAAAUUCGGAGAGACAAUGAAGCGUUAAAUAUUUAUCGCCGGUCACCACGGUUAAAACACGACUGCGUAAGUGACUCGUACGAAUAUAUUUUUAAUAUUACAAUGCCUACGACUUUUGAAUAAUAUGAUCGAAAUUCGCUGUAUUUGUAUAGAUCUAUUAUACCACACUCAUUUACGCUUAUUCAGUCCAUGGAAACAAAUUUUAAUGAUGUAACAUGGCAAAUAACGUUGAAUUGCGUAUAUAUAAUAAUACCUCUUAAUGUGAUAUGAUAUUCUCGUAUACAGAGCACAUAGAAAAAUGUCACACUCUACUGAUAAGAAAAAUGAUUACUCACUUAACUUUAUCUUUCUUCUUUCAAGUAAUAGCUGUCUUCAACAAAGAACAUUUUUUCUUAAAAAUAGUCUUCAAAUAGACUCAUCAUAAAUUUAAGAAGAGUUCAUUAUCGUACACUUAAAAGAAGAAUUUAUUCUUUUUACAAGAAUAGCAAAAAAUUUAUCGAAGAAAAACUUGGUUCCUUCUACAUAGCAAAUGCGGAGGAAAGAGACGGUCACGGCGACUCCUCAAAGCCGGCAGUAGUGGUGCUUUCAGAGUAGGGGGACUCCCGCAUAUAAGACAGAAUAUGAAGGGGUCUGCUCUUUAGUUUAUCACAAAGUAGUCAGCCAGUCGUGUACCCUUCCUGCGCUAAUCUCCGUACGCGCCGUCGAGUCAGGUCGAUAUCGCGACACGCAUCGCGAUUAUGUUUUCAACGGAUCCUCGCAUCAGAAAAGUCACCGGUCUCCGAACUAAUUAACGGACACAACGAGUGUCAUUUCACGCGAUCGGGAAGAAGGAAGUGAGCGUGUCACAUUUCUCAAGAGGGAACAGUGCUAUUAAAAAUGGCACGCGCGAGGGAAUCCUUCGUCUUGCUUCUUGGACUUUGCUGGGGUAUCGUUUUGGUGUCCUGCCAGGAGAGUCAAAACGCGACGCAAUCCAGCGAUGAGCUGAAUGAGCCAGACUUCCCGACUCCCGAAUACAUAUUACCGUGCAGCAGGACAGAUCCGAAGCUUGACACGUGCCUUCAAAAUACUCUCAACCAUAUCAGGCCAUACUUGGUGAACGGCAUCCCGGAAUUGGAUUUGCCGUCGAUCGAGCCUCUGGUGAUACCCGAGUUAAAAAUCGAAAAUGGCCAAGGCCCAGUGCGCAUUCGAGCGCUUUUCAACAACAUCACCGCGAUAGGACCGGGAAACUACAGCAUCAAUAAAAUACGCGUCAAUAUGUCGUCGUACAGACUUGACAUCCACGUAUCAUUCCCUAAGAUUGAGCUUCAGGGUCUCUACGAUAUCAACGGAAACGUGCUGCUCUUUCCCAUACAGAGUCACGGCGAGUUUUGGGCGUUAUUUGGCGAUGUAGUCGCGAUCGCGCGUGCACAGGGUGAAGUGGAAAUAAGAGACGGCGUUCGCUACAUGAAGGUCGUGAAGCUAUUGGUCGACUUUAAACUCAACCGCAUCCGAUUCCGCGUGAUGGACCACCAGAACGGCAACAACGUGAUCGGACAGGCAAUGAAUCAAUUUCUCAAUCAGAACGCCCACGAAAUCGUCGAAGAGCUCAGACCGGCGGCCAGCGCGGCCAUCGCCAAACAUUUCAAGAAUUUCCUGGGUGGCGCUUUCGGCAAAUUACCAAUGAAAGUCUGGCUGCAUGACACAUAAUAGCUCUCAAAGAGAGUUUUCGAUAAUAUAUAUACACACACACACAUACACACACACACACACACACAUACACACACACACACACACACAAGAUGUCCCGCCACUACCGCAUUAUCUCUUAAGAACGGAUUCCUGAGUGAUUUAAAGAAAAAAAUCCUAAUGCAAAAAUGUCGAGGCUAUAAUACUUUUCAAAUUAUAAACAAUUAAAGUUGACCAAUUAUAUUAGCUAAAGUACGCACGCUCAGGUACAACACACAAUGGUACACUGAGAGAAAAAUUAUCUUAAAAUCAACAAAUAUUUCCUUGAUGGGUGCUAUUAACAUAUUUACUUAAAUCUACAUCCUCUUUACUUAAAUCAA